AUGCGAAUCCAGAGCAAGCCUCUAUUGUGGCAGGCAGGAGUCCUGACCGCCCUGCUCUUCUUCAAGGGAAUAGAGGCCGGUGUCGCUGCUGUUACUGAACACGACCUUGGGGGCUAUGUGAAGCUUAUUAAAAGAGUAAAUGAUGACGGGGUUCCGGAGAUACACAUGGACCUUCACGAGAGGUGGCACAAUGAUGAAAUCGGCCAAGCUCUCAGAAAACGGCAAGAGUCAGGCAUCGAGAAAAAUGAGAACGCAUAUGCUUUUCUUCCCGUCCCUUCCACCGAGGAAAGAGACAUGUUCAAGGACAGCUUUAAGUGGGUUUGUGGAUCGGCAAAUAAUAAGAUUUCCUCCGUCCAAGAGCUCACUGGUGCUGCAAUGACUAUUAUGUCCAAGAGUGGUCACUAUGAGAUCGAGGGUUGGUCUACACCCGGCACGAUUUCUCUCGGGAACCAAGCAACCGAUCCCAAAAAGUACCAGGAUGAGGUUCCAGUCCACUGCCUUGGGGAGGCUGGCAAAACGUCCAUCGUGAUGUCCCCCGUAAAGAGCGGCGUGGAAUUCAAAUACGGGAUUUCGCUCUCUCGAGCUCUCAUCGGAAGAUGCAUAAACACUAUGAUUUAUAUUUGUCAAUAUGACCUUUCGGAGUCUGUGGGCAAUUUCCAAUUCAAUCCGAAGCAGAACCAUCUCGAUUUCGUUCAGAUUCAGACUGUGGCAAAACCUUGCGAACGUUGGGUGGACCCGCUUUGCAAGUCUGGGGACGAUGAAAGCAAGGCCGAGUGCCUUGCGACGAAACUUCUUCUAGGCAUUCCAUGGUCAAAGACGCUCCCAACGCCCACCAAACCAUCAAAGAAGAAGAAAUAA